AUGGUUGAACGAGAGCAGAAUACCCUCAUUCGGGAAAUUUUAUUCAGGAUCCAAGAGAUGAAUCAAGAAGAACGCAACCUUCUUAUAUCCAGCCUUAACUUGACUAGUGAGGACCAACUUCUCAACUUUUUCAGCGAUCCCAUAAUACCACUAGAAGAAUUUACAGCCUUCCGUGUUCACAAGUAUUUACUUCUCUAUGUCCCGCCAGUUAUGAUCUUCAUUGGUACCAUCGGCAACAUCUUGUCCUUGGCAGUCUUUCGUGCUUACAGUGGCAAAGUAUCAACAUAUACCUACUUGGGGGCGCUGGCUAUCAUGGAUUUUCUUGUAAUCUACAUAGGCUUGUUGCGGCUUUGGAUUGCUCAGUUAUCUGACUUUGAUAUUAAGGACCAAAGUAACUGGACUUGUAAGAUGGUAAAUUUCCUGGGUUAUGUGUGCAGCGAUUCGUCCGUAUGGAUCAUAGUAGCAGUUACAGUAGAACGGUACAUCGCAGUUUGCUAUCCUCUAAAGGCCUCUAAUCAGUGUCGAAUCAGAAAAGCAAGAUUUGUAAUUUUUGUGCAAAUCUUAGGACUUUGUAUAAUAAAUUUACAUUUUCUUUGGACAUUAGAGUUAAAUGUUGUCAUAUCAGACUCGACGGAACAAGUCUGCGAUGCCAAUCCUAGGUUUUCAAAGUUAGUCAACACGAUAUGGCCCUGGAUUGACGCUGGGAUAUAUUCAUUUUUACCGAUCUCCAUUUUAUCGGUUCUCAAUGGAUUCAUCAUUCAAAAAGUUUACAUUGCUAAAAAAAACAGAAAACAACUGCUUACUACGAACAUGAACACAUGUCGAAGAAGCAAAGAAAGUUUUUCAAGUGGUGAAUAUCAGACAGAGAUAGCAAGCAAGAGACUUACAGCGAUGCUUCUGAUGGUAUCCUUUACAUUUUUUCUAACGACUCUUCCGAUGAAUAUCAUUCUCAUCAUGACUAAGUCAUGGAAUGAACAGACCCAGCAGCAAAAAGCAGCGUUUUACCUGGCAAAGACAGUAUCAGAAUUGUUAAUGUAUCUGAAUCAUACAAUCAAUUUCUUCCUUUAUUGUAUUUCCGGUCGGAAAUUUCGGCGUCAAAUGUGUUCUCUUUUGUCGCGUUGUUUUGUUAGAAAUCAAAAUUAUGAUACUACUGCAACAGAAGUGAGAAGUAUGACCAGAUCUAAAAGUAGCCUUUCGAACUUAGAACGAUUUGUAUAA